UCUACAGGAAUGUAGACCAAUAUUUAGCGACCAAUAUUUGUGCGUUAAGUUAUGCAUGUAUGUAUGUACAUUAGCCAUGUCUGAAGCCGCCUUUAAAAAAUGUACGGAUCAGUUCGUAGUCACAGUUUGUUACAGUCAGAUAGAACUGUGUAUACGUAUAUGUGAACUGUAAACUAUUAAUAUCUGUAUUAACAAAUACAAGAGAACAGAUAUAAUCGAAUAAAUAAAUUAAUUAAAUUGCCAAUUUGCAAUAUUUGUUAUACAUCAGCAGCAGCAAUGAACGAGAAUACUAGCUAAAUGGACAAAGUUUAUUUGUUUGAUGAUCCUCAUAUAGUGAGAGUAAGGAAGCCAGAAGACAUUAGAACAACAAUGAAUAACGUAACUACAUUGGAUUUUCUCGGUUUGGUAGAGAAAUAUGGUUACACCGCUGAGGAACAUUACGUUACAACGGAAGAUGGUUAUAAUUUGGUGAUACAUAGAAUAACAGGAAGUCCUCUAUUUAAAGGUCAACAGACAGGAAAAGUUGUAUUUCUUCAAACUGGUCUUUUUGGCACAUCGGAUUGUUGGGUAUUGAUAGGUGCUGGCAGAGAUCUUGCAUUUUUAUUAGCUGAUAAAGGAUAUGAUGUAUGGCUUGGAAAUGUCAGAGGAACUUCUUAUUGCAGAUCACAUGUAAAAUUAUCUCCACGAAAUAAAGAGUUUUGGCAAUUUAGCUUUCACGAGAUAGCAAUGAGAGAUCUACCGGCUAUGAUCGAUUAUACACUUGAUCAUACAAAACAAAAAAGUCUGUAUUUCGUCAAUAUUUCGAUGGGAAGUACUAUUUUAUUCAUUCUUUUGUCUUUGAAACCCGAAUACAAUGCAAAAAUAAAGUUGGCAGUCUGCCUUGCUCCGAUCGCCUUUUGGAAUGAAGCAUCUCCUAUAGUACAGUAUAUUGCUGAUACGAUACACAAUAUUAGAAAUUUACAGGAAAUUUUAGAUUUCAAUGAAAUAUAUGAAGUAUUUGCCUUAACAUCAACGACCAUUAUGAUGGGAAGAACACUGUGUGCAGAUAACACAAUUACUCAGGCUGUUUGCGUUGCAUCAGUGUUUCUGUUGUCUGGAGCUAAUCCAUCGCAAUUAAAUAUUACAGCAUUUCCGGAAAUAUUAUCGAAUUAUCCGGCUGGCAGUUCCGUGCAAACAUUAUUUCAUUAUAACCAAAAUAUUAUUACAAAAAAAUUUCAAGCUUACGACUAUGGAUAUAUUGGCAAUUAUAAGCAUUAUAAACAGGCUACACCCAUAACGUAUGAUGUUGAAAAAAUUACUGCGCCCGUAGCUAUAUUUUACGGCGGUAAUGAUUUGCUUGCUUUAAAAUCAACUAUUUUCGAAUUAUAUAAGCGUUUGCCGAAUGUUGUCCUACUGGAGGAACAAAAAUCAUUUACUCAUUUGGAUUUUAUAAUAGCCAUAAAUGUUAAUACUUUAGUAUACAGUCGUAUAAUAGAACUAUUUCAGGAGUUUGAUAAUAAGACAUAA